AGUAAGGUAGUGACAAAGGAGAGUUGUUUUGGUGCGAAGGAUACCGGACUGACAAAGCUCAAAAGCAUCUUUUCUUCUGAGCUCCCACUUGGGAUCGUUCCCUCCACCUCCCCUUCUGCCUUCCCCAUCAACAGAUCAAGGAGCCUGGCUUACUCCAUUUCCUCUGGAGGGUGGCUGCUCUACUUUUCCCUCCGCUCUUUGCAAAGCUCUGGUCUCCCUGUGGCUGACUGUCGACCUUUUUGCUUGAAUGCACCAGACGGUGAGAGGAAACCUCGCUCAUCUCUGCACCCGGGAAACAAGUAUCGACUAUGCCUUGAACGGCCCGAGGAUUGAUCCAAUCUGCAGGCUCUCCUCACUUGUCUCUGGCUCCCAGCCAUCUUAGACAUCGUUAUUUUGGGUUGUUGUCUUCGGUCAACUCCCCGGAGCAACUAGACUCAGGGAAGUUUUGGGGAGGGGAGGGGAGGAGGAGAUUCCUCCGAGAUAAAAUGUUCGCUUCCAAAUCCAAUUCAGUUUCUCCCUCCCCUUCCAUGGAACAGACGGAGGCCGAUGCCCUGGAUAUCAGCACCAAAGUGCAGCUGUAUGGCGUGCUCUGGAAGAGACCGUUUGGAAGGCAGUCAGCCAAGUGGUCCAAAAGGUUUUUCAUCAUCAAAGAGAGCUUUCUGCUUUACUACUCUGAGAGCGAAAAGAAAAGCUUCGAAAGCAAUAAAUAUUUCAACAUCCAUCCUAAGGGUGUCAUACCUCUGGGGGGCUGUCUCGUGGAGGCCAAAGAAGAACCCAACAUGCCCUAUGCAAUGAAGAUCUCUCAUCAAGACUUCCAUGGCAACAUUGUGCUGGCUGCAGAAUCAGAGUUUGAACAGAUCCAGUGGUUGGAGAUGUUGCGAGAGUCCGGCAAAGUGACUUGGAAGAAUGCCCAGCUGGGAGAAGCUAUGAUUAAGAGUCUAGAGACCCAGGGCCUGCAGUUGGCCAAGGAAAAGCAAGAGUAUUUAGACAAAUUGAUGGAAGAAACAGAAGAGCUGUGUCUUCAGAGAGAACAGAGAGAGGAACUCGAGCGGCUCAACCAGAUUCUGGAGGCUGAGAAGCAACAGUUUGAGGAAGUAGUUCAGGAGUUGAGGAUGGAGCAGGAGCAAAUCAAGAGGGAGUUGGAGCUGACGGCAAGAUGCCUCAAGGGAGUGGAGCAAGAGAAGAAAGAACUGAGGAACCUCACUGAGUCCUUACAGCAGACAUUGGAAGAACUCUCCUUAGAGAAGAAAAGAACCUUGGAGAUGCUGCAGGAGAAUGAGAACCAGUCAGAUGCUCUGGCCAAUCAGAGUGAGCAGCCACACCCCAAUGGGGGCCUCCAUUGCAACCUGCGGCAAAUUGAGGAGAAGAUGCAACAACUUCUGGAGGAGAAACUCCUUGCAGAGAAGAGGAUGAAGGAAAAUGAAGAAAGAUCUCGGGCAUUGGAGGAGGAGCGGGAAUUCUACUCCACCCAGUCACAGGCCCUGCAGAACUCUCUGCAGGAGCUGACAGAGGAGAAGCAGCAGACUGAGAGGGACCUCAAGGCUGAGGUCAAAGUUCGAAUGGACCUUGAGAGGAGGCUUCGGGAGGCAGAAGGAGCCCUGCGGAGCCUGGAACAAGGGCUCAACUCCAAGGUUCGAAACAAAGAAAAAGAAGAGAAGAUGAGGGCUGAUGUCAGCCAUCUGAAAAGGUUCUUUGAGGAGUGUAUACGGAAUGCUGAGCUGGAAGCCAAGAUGCCGGUCAUCAUGAAGAACUCUGUGUACAUUCACAAGGCCGCUACCCGCCGUAUCAAAAGCUGUCGCUUCCACCGCAGGAGAUCUAGCACAUCCUGGAAUGAUAUGAAACCUUCCCAGUCCUUCAUGACAUCCCAGCUGGAGGCCAACAGUAUCGAGGAGCUCAAGGAGGUGGCCAAGAGGCUGAGUCGAGACCAGCGCUUCCGGGAGUCCAUCUACCAUAUUAUGGCGUCACAGCCCGGACCCGCUCCUGCCCUUCCCCGGGGAGGGAAGUGAUCGCUUGUCUUCCUUCCUGGCAUCCCAUCCCCCUUAUUGCCACCUCCCACCCCAGGAGUGGAAGUCGGGGCAGGAAGGGCAGCCUCCUUGCUCCACUUUGUUCAGGAGCCCCUUUCUCUCUUUGUGGGGAAAUCUCUACAUCAGUAACGUCACUCUUCCCCACAAAGGACAAUGGUAUACAUGUGUGUCAUCCCCCAAGUCUUUCCUACCCCCAGGUCAGUUUUUCUGAUCUUGGAUUAGUUGAUCUGAUUUCUACCCCUACUAACUCUUUCCCUAAGGGCACCAAUCUACACAUUAGCUGGUAGGUAGCCUUGGUAAGGAUGGUUGGCUUGAUAUACAUAUAAACAUGUACAUGUGUGUGCAUGUAUGUAUACAUGCACAUAUAUAUGUCUAUGUUCCCUUUUCCUCCACUUGCUGACUAAAAGUGAAGGAAUUGUACCAUUAUCAGCUGUCUACCUCCCCACUAUGCUCAGUGAAGCCCCAUGGUGCCUCCAUGCUGCUCAGAUAUAUUCAAUCAGGCAUGCAGGAGCUUGCUAUUCCUAUACUUUCUCUGUACUGUACAUAUACCCUUCCUGUGUCCUCUUUCCUCUCCCUCUCCUUUCCUCUGUCUCUCUUCAUGCUGUCCUUCUCAUGCUGUGUCCAUGUUUUGCUUCUGUCCCAGGCUCUAUCCCUUGUCUCUAACUCAGUGAGGGCUCCCUGCCACUUUUAAUGCUUCCUGGUGCUAGAUGGGGAACACCCCAUCCUACCCAGGGGCUGACUGUCCUGUAGCCCUUGGUCCCUCACUCUAAGCCAUAAAUGCCAAAAAGGGGCCUCUGAGGAUCUCAGCUCAUUCCCAUGUCCUCAGGCAUAGAAUCAUUUCUCACUAAAUACUCAAGGAUUACAGGUAGGUAGUUGGUCCUCCAUGGUGGUUCCUGUGUUACUUGACUCACCAGCUGAGCCCAGCAGGAUACUUCCUAGACUAUUGCUCUCUAGAGUGGUCUGAGUUCCACAGGAUGAUAUGACCAGGGGAACCAGUGCUUGACCUCGUACACUGAGGGGGCAGCAAUGUUCUCGUUGAAUACAGAAACAGCAAAAGGGGCCCCUAUAAGAGGAAGUUAGACCCAGGAGGCAGGAGGAAGUAUCCCCUUCAUUGCCUCUGAGUAAAGUGACUGGAAAGUUGAAUUGUAAAGGCUGGUCUCUGAAGAAACUCCUUGGGGCCAUGGAUUCCAUUGGAUCAGCUGUCUAAACUGCCAGGUCUAUGUGGAUCACAAGGACUUCUCUCUCUGCCUGCUUAUGCCUUUUUGACUCAUGGGAUCAUAACUAUAAAGCUGGAAGUGACCUCAGAGGGCAACUAGUCCAACUGAGUACCAGGAUGUUAAGUCAGUUGUCCAAGGCCACACUGUUGUGUAUUGGAGGUGGGAUUUGAACCUAGGUCCCCAGACUCUAGAGCCAAUGAUCUUUUCCAGUGUGCUGCAAUAUAACCCAAACUGUAGGGACUCUUUUCCUUAUAGAUUCUGGCUCAUAAAGACUGGUCCCAUAAAAAUGAUCCUAUCAGCCCUUGAAGACAGGGAGACUAUGCCAGUGACAAAGGUCCUUGGCCAGAAUGUGUCAUUUGUUGUCCAAAAGAGUCUAAAGCCUGAUAUUACAGAUUCCAUUGCAUGAUACUACCUACCCAGAAGCAGUUCCAGCAUUAAACAAAGUAUUUGGGCUCAUUUCUUCCAUCUUUGUAUAGGAAACUCUGUCCUGCUCCUUCUUUUCAAAGAUCACCCUCCAAAUUAUUUGUCUGCAGCCACUGUACUUGUCCCUCAAAUAAAGUAGGACCCAAGAAAUCAGGAAGAUAGAUGAUAGUCUAGGUACAGAAUCUCUGGUAUUGAGAAUCACUGAGUGAGGAGUUAGUAUUUUAUGUGCUGAAUGCCAAGGAGUCAGACCUUGGUACUAUAACAGCCAAAACAGACAACGUAGAUCUAUUUUCUUAUUCUUCAAGAAAAUCUCAGAAUCUUUCCUCCAUCAGAAAACCAACUUUCCGGUCACAUAUACAUGUCCACCAUUGGUCUAGAUAAAGCCCAGGGUAUCUGGCUCCUUCUCUCCUUUGUUCAGUGUUAAUUGGUUAGGCUAACUCAAACAGUUCUCUCUUUGUGAUGGGGAGUUAGCCAGCCUCUUUGAAUUCCUGGCAGGGGUUAGCUUAGAAAUAAACUGAACAAAGAGUAUUGGAAAGAAUCUAUAUGUAAGAUUUAAACCUGCACAUACCUGAAAUUGUCACAUGUCCCAUUCAAGGUGAGUGGGCUUUGAAAAUGGUGGUGGCAAGGAUAUUGUUUUGUUGUUUUGGGUUUUGGUUUUUUUAAUAGAGAAAAAGGGGGGUAAAUUUUGAAAAAGUUAAAUAAAUGCUCAUAGGGGUAUACUUUUUGGAAAUUUCCCCAUGAAUUUUUUUUUCUGAGCAAGAGAGCAAUAAGGGCAUAAAGGGAAAUGAAAGAAUUUGUCUGUGCUUGGGAACCAGCCUUAUUACUUAUUUUUCUACCCUAUUUUUUUAUGUGCAGUGUGUGUUUUCCAUUGUCCAAGUCAGACAGGAAUUCUUCUGUUCAGUCAAUCAACUUACCUACAUGUAUUUAUGGGAACAGAGCAAAAAUCAACCUCUCUGGGGAAAAAAUUUUCUAGUUAGAGCAUUCUGGACUGAUUUUUAACUUUUAAAAGCAACAAUAUUUCUUGGCCAAAAAAGCAGUACUAAAAAAUGGUCAGAUGAUUGCUUGAAGAAUGGUUCUCUCUGCAGGCUACACGCAAACCUGGCCCUCCCAAAUAUCUCUCAGAAGUCCAUGCCUAUAUUUUAUAGUCCAGUGCUGGGCUGGCCCCUUGGCACUUUCUCUUUUUUGAACUCUGUCUCAUUUAAUCUUCCCACUAGUUUCAUUAUCUGUGCCCAGUCCCUGAGGUCCCAGAUGUCCCUGUGCAGGAAGGGUACCCAGCAGGGAUCUUUCCCAAUGAGGGAGAAGGCCAGAGGGAAAGGUUUGACCUAUCUGUCAGCAUGGUAUCUGAGCACCACUGGUGUCCACCUGGCAUAAAGAGACAUUCACUAUAGAAAACAGAGAAUACCCAAAUUUGGGAUCUUUCCAUCCUCAGUGGGAGAGGGACUGUUGUCCUCUUUGUUCUUUCAGGAGCUGGCUCUAGCCCAGAAUGGUUCAGACUUUGCAGAGGUAUGCUUUUUUAGCCAUUGAUAUUUCAAUUCCCUAUUUUAACCUGUUCUGAUAAGUGAACAAGUCAACAGUAUUUAUUAAAAUACCUUCCAUGUGCUAGGCAUGGUGCUAAGUACUGGGGAUAAAAAAAAAAAAAAAGCAAAAGACAGCCCCUGCUCCCAAGGGGCUAACAGUCUAAAAGGGAAAACAAUAUGCAAACAACUCUACAAAUAAAAUAUAGAUAGGGAAAACUGACAGUGGAAAAUGUCAGGAGUGGAAUUCUCUUCCCAUUUCUACCAGGGGUGUGGAAUGUUUGCCUCUGAUUUGCAUUACCCUGAACAUGGGGAAAUAGUCACUGGUAUUUGCCUCCCUCUCUUUCCCCACCUGAAUGAAGUAAUGGAACUGUAAUGCAUAGGGAACCCUUAAGAAAGAUGGGAUAUAAUCACAAAGUGGCAUUAACAUGCUCUCAAGCUGCUCUUCUGAGGGAAUUGUAAUGACUUUUUCUGCCUCCAAAAGUGAGGGUUAAACUGUAUCUUUGCAACUCAGUUCUCUCACUGGCUGUUGUGGUGUGAGUAAUCUCUCAUCUGUCAAAUGAGGGGGCUGGGCUAGAUCAUCUCUACAGUCCCUUCUUGCUCUAAGUCUGUAAAUCAAAAUAUGACAUCUAAAGGGGAAGAGAGAGAGAGAGACAGACAGACAGACAGAGACAGAAGUGCACGUGAUUCUGGGUGCACCUUCUCCAAUGUAGAGUCACAAUUCAGCUAUUAUCUUGGCUUUGCUUUGUUUGGCCACUGGAGAGCAGCACAGUUUGGAGAAAGGCUUAAUCUAGCUAAACAGAGAGACACUGAAACCCCUAGGGUUCAAUGGCUGCAUUUCCAAGUAUAGGUAGAAGCUAACCUCCCGUCCCUUCCACCCCACCCUCCCAUUUCCCAGUGGAGCUCUAUUAUCUUCCUGGGAAUGACCUCAAUGGGAAAAAUCCUUGUCAUGCAAUAUUUUCAAUGGACUGGGGGACUGUGGAAGUAAUGCAGUUACAAACUUUUCAUCCUGGCAUUACUGAUCUUCUUCAUAUCCCCUCUUCCUGCUCUCUUCCCUAAAACUGGCUCUCAUAUUAGGUUACCAAAAUCAGAAAUUUUUUUAAAAAAAAGUCAUGAGCAUAUUAGUAGGAAGUAAUCUAUCUGUGAUCAAUUUGACCAAAUGCUGGUUGCUUGGCUGUUCCACUCCUACACAACUUUGCCAGCUCUGUUGUUCCAAAUCUAACCGCAGUCCCCAUUCUUCCAUUCUGUUGAUAUAAAGGUAUCAGGGUAUAGCUCAGGAAGCCCCUCCCUUCCCCAUGCACCUCUUACCCACCCUUGCCAAAACCCAGGAAACCUGGUUAGGGGCCAAAUUAAUUAAUGUCACUAUAGAACUCUGUAUGAAAAAUUUGGCACUUAAUAAAUAUUUAUUAUUUUAGAUGUUGUUCUGCAUUCUAACUCUGGAUAUAGUAGCACUGUCCAGUGUUAUCUAAUGGUUAGCCAAGAGAGGUUUGGGUGAUCCAAGGCUUUAUGGGAUGGCAAGGAGCUCUUCCCAGCCAACUCCUGAAGGCAGCUGACACAGCUUGAUAAUCUCUUUGCAAAAAGCCCAGCAUUAGUGAGCAGGUGCAUACAUCAAAAUGCCAGCCUAUCUCCUCUAAGCUCACAGGGAGAAGCAUAUGGGGGCUCACUGCACAUGCAUAUCAGACUUAUUGCCAUGCCCCUCAGCUCUGUCUCUGUCUUCCCAGGAGAAUCUUGUGCUUGCCUCCCAUACAAAGUCCCAGCUGCCUCUGUUAUCCUGACAAUAAAAAAUAUGCUCAAUAGUAGGUUCUCUAAGCCUUGAAAUCAAGCCCAGAGGUCUAUUUCCAUUGCGUUAGCUUGAAUUUGACUGUAGCUUGGUUGUUGUUUGUCCUCUGUUUUCAAAGAGGAUCAAUGACAUCACAGGUGAUAGCUGGACUUUCCAGUGAAUUGGAUUUAAGUUACGCUGAGUUGCACAAAUUCAUCAGCCUCCCUCUCCCUUUCCAAGUUAUCAAAGCCAGUGGCAAGACAAGAAUCAAGAAGACUGGUGAUGGCCCAGGAUGCAAUGUGUCUUCUUUGGUGUCUUCUAUGUUUGACCAAGCUCUAAGUGCUCCAUAGCGCCUGCUUCAGCAGCCUUCAUGGCCUUUGAACAAAUUGUUUUCAUCUGCCCUUUCCAUUUGGAUAAGUGUUCACACGCUCGGGGUAGACAUCUCCCUAACUCACCAACUGGUUUGAGGCCUGUUGGUUACCCUCAACCUGGUUUAACCCAUCUGCUGAGAGGGUUUUACUGGUGUGUGACCACUGUGCAAGUUACUGUUUCUUGGAGCCACAGGUGAAAGCUGGGCAGUACACAGAUACCAAAGGUGGAUGAGCAGACCUGAAAAGCUCUCAGUAAGCCCUCACACCAGAGGUGCUUAAAUACUUUAGAGACCAGAGAAAAGAGGGUCACUGGUUCAUAAAUGUUUCAAUGGCAACAAGGCAGAAAGAACCUUUUCCUUUAAAGAGCCCAUUAGCUUUUUUUUUUAUUCAGUCAUUCAAUAAUCAUCAAGUGCUUAUGAUGUACUAGACAUGAGAUGCAAAGAAGAAAUGAAACAGUCUCUGCCCACAAGGGCUUACUACUGUGGGAGAGGGAAGGAUCAAUACACUGAUCAAUACAAAAUCUAUAUAAAGUAACUGGGGAGAAAGCUGGAAAAGGGCACAAGCAAUGGGUGGGAAGAGGCAAGGACUCUUGUAGGAAUCUGCACUCUGGCCCUCAGAGAAGCUGGGAAUGCUGGGAGAUGAGAGAUGGAAUGUGAUAUGCUAAGGAUGACUAUACAGAUUUAGAGCUAGAAGGGACUUUGUCGUUGUUCAGUUGUAUUCAAUUCUUUGUGGUUCUAUUGGGGUUUUCUUGGCAAAGGUAUUGGAGUGGUUUGCCAUUUACUUCUCUAGAUUUUUUUUUUUAAUUCCAGUCAGGAGGGAAAAUGAGACUUAUCUGGGAAAAGUAUAAUGAGGAAACUGUGACUUGCCCAGGCUCACAGUAUCUGAGGCCAGAUUUGAACUCAGGAAGAUGAGUCUUCCUGACUCCAGGCCAGGCACUCUAUCCAGAGUGUCAGCUAACUGAC